AUGUCAUACAUAGUCCCGAUCCACCGACCGACGGCGGUGCGAAAGGCACUCAAGCUGAGCUUCAUCGGCCCAGAGGACGAUACUCUGGUCGUGGCCAAAGCGAACCGCCUAGAGUUCUGGUCACCGUCUGACGAUGGCUACUCACUUCUAUCAUCGACCACAGUCUACGGCUAUGUGACUAUACUGAACAAGAUCAGGCUGCCAGCCGCAGAUGUCGACCACCUCUUCGUUGGCACAGACCGGUAUCAAUACUUUACACUCUCGUGGGAUGUGGUGUCAAGAUCAGUCGUGACAGCACAGAGCUUUGUCGAUCAAGCGGACAAGGUCCUCCGAGAUUCGCGAGAGCUAGACAAAUGCCAUAUCGAUCCCACUGGCCGGUUCAUGUGCUUGGAGCUGUUUGACGGCAUCAUCACAGUCAUUCCAUUCAUCCAAGAACAAGAACGGGUUCCACCGUCGAAGAAGGCGAAGAAGAAUGCCGGUCCACAGAAAGAUCCCGGGGCGCUGGGUGAUCCCAUUCAGGUCAGGACCGAAGAGCUGCAGACCCGAGCUUCCGCAUUCUUACAAACAGAUCCGGACUCCACGGCGCCACCCAGACUGGCUAUACUGUGGGAAGACAACCAUGAGGUGCCACAACUGAAGCUCCGCGAGCUCAAGUACUCGCCUGGUGAAGGUAAUGAGCCGGCGACAGCGGAGAUGGAAACUGUGCGGGAGCUACGUGCAGACGGCUUCCUGCUGCUGGGCGAGCACUCAAUCAGCUAUGUUGACAAGGAUCUCCGCCAGCAGCAUCAAGAGCCGCUGAAUGACAAUGCAACGAUAUGGACUUGUUGGACACAGGUUGACCAGUCGCGGUAUCUGCUGGGCGACGACUAUGGCCGAUUGUUCUUCCUCAUGCUUGAUGACAGUUCCGGUCCCAUGCAGUCGUGGAAACUUGAUUCGGUCGGUGAGGCAAGCCGAGCAUCAUGCUUGGUGUACCUAGAUGAGGGUCGUGUGUUUGUUGGGUCACAUACAGGCGACUCGCAGAUCGUGCAGAUUCAGCCUGGUGGCGUAGAAGUUGUGCAGACAUUUCCGAAUAUUGCGCCUAUCGUGGAUUUUUCGAUCAUGGAUCUGGGCCGAGGUGCUGAGACUUCGCAAGCUGGCGACUUCUCAUCCGGCCAAGCUCGGAUAUUGACUGCUUCGGGGGCGUGGCAGGAUGGCUCAAUCCGGAGUGUCAGAAGUGGUGUCGGAAUGGACGAGUUGGGCACGAUCGCGGAACUGCCAGGUAUAACCGAGCUGUGGGCGUUAUCCUCGACAGGGAGCACUGAGUAUCAAGAUACCCUCGUUGCGUCGUUUGUGGAUGAAACCAGAGUCUUCAAGUUCGAUUCUGAGGAGGCUCUGGAAGAGCUAUCAGACUAUCAGCACUUCGAGUUGGGUCAGCCAACACUGCUUGCGGCGAAUUUGCCGGAUGAGAAAGUGGCUCAGGUGUUUGAGACCGGUGUGGUAGUGUCGCAACUUCAGUCAGGUAUGCGUCUGCUCAGCUGGCGGCCACCAGAAGGUGCGAAGAUCACGGCAGCUAUGGCAAAUUCCGUCCAUCUGUUGGUAGUCGAGGGCGGUCAUACGCUGCAUGUCUUCCACCCAUCGAACGAUAAAGAGGAGCCGACUUCUUCCAAGCACUUUGAUGUGUCGUCGCAGAUAUCGAGUGUGACAUUAUCAGACUCACAGAGUAACGUCUGUAUCGUUUCAUUUUGGCAGACCGCAUCCGUGGCCAUCUUGGAUCUACACACAUUGGAGCCAUUACAUACACAACAUCUGGGUGACCCUGGAGUCGCAAUACCACGAUCUGUCUUGGUCGCGAACAUUCUGCCGGAUGCUCCGCCUACCUUGUUCGUCGCCAUGGCGGACGGCACGGUCGUCACCUUCAGCUUGGACACCUCAAACAACACAUUAUCAGGCAUGAGCAAGAUAUUACUCGGAACGGAGCCGGUCCAUUUCAAGCUACUACCUCGAGACGAUGAUUCUGACAACGGCCUGUCAAAUGUCUUUGCAUCAUGCGAGCAACCUUCGCUCAUAUACUCGUCCGAAAACAGGAUCGUGUACUCUGCGGUCAGCUCCAACAAGACGUCGCGAGUAUGUUCAUUCAGCUCGCCAGCCUAUCCAGGCGCAGUGGCAAUUGCCAGUCCAGAUGAGCUGAAGCUCGCUGCGAUCGGCAAGGAACGGACGACACAACUACAGACCCUGCCCAUCAAAGAGACUGUGCGAUGCCUGGCAUAUGAGCCUACCGCACAAUUGUUCGGCAUGGGCUGCAUAGACCGCAUCACCGAGAGCGGGCAAGAAGUCCUGACUUCUCGGAUCAAGUUGGCAAAUGAGAUCAAUUUUCAGACAUUAGACGAGGUUGAAUUACGAGAUCAGGAAUUGGUAGAGUGUAUCAUUACAACAGGACAAUUCGAGACUGAGGACGAGAACUUUGGAGACAUGUUUGUGGUCGGGACGAGUAUAAAUCCGGACGAGAACGAGCUAUCUACUGAUACAGAGGUUGUUCGAGGACGACUGAUUGUGUACGAGGUUACGAAAGAGAAGAAAAUCAAGCAAGUCUGUGAUCAGGAGGUCAAAGGUGCUGUGCGAAGUUUGGCGAUGUGUGAUGGCAGGAUUGUUGCUGGGAUUGUCAAGGCUGUGGUGCUCUACGCCCUCACGCCGAAUCCAACAAUGGGCUUCCACGCCCUCGAGCUCAAGCGCCUAGCGCAAUCACGCAUCUCCUCAAACCCAAUGUCCCUCUCGGUCUCGCCCGCAACCGAAACAUCACCAGCAAACAUCGCCGUAGCGGACCUCAUGAAGUCGCUCGCCAUCGUCGAGAUCCACCAAUCCAAGGGCCAAUUCACCCUGCAAGAAGUCUCCCGCCACUUCGCCACCGUCUGGUCCUCCGCCAGCGCCGUCAUUGGCCCCAACCAAUGGCUGCUUGCCGACAUGGAAGGGAAUCUAUGCACGUUGCGCCGCGAUCCCACUGGUCCAACACCCGACGACCGUAGACGCCUGCAGCUGACAGGCGACUUCCGGUUGGGCGAAGUCGUCAACAAGAUCGUCCCGAUUUCCAACAACACCGCUUCCCCAACGGCAGCGAAGUCAGUCAAGGGAAAAGAACGCAGCCGCACCCUCUCCACCUCCCACCAAGCAGACCUCUCCGAUCAGCCGGGCAAUCAGCGUCCGCCCCGAAUAGGACCUCUCAUCACCCCACGGGCCUUUCUCGGCACCGUGGAGGGCAGCAUCUACCUUCAUGGUACAAUUAGUCCGGCGUACCUGGAUGUGUUGCUGAGGUUGCAGCGGCCGCUGGCGGAGAGGGUGGCGGCACCAGGGCAUAUGCCGUGGGCCAACUAUCGGGCGUGGAAGACGCAGGUGGUGGAGAAGGAUGAGGCGUUUCGGUUUGUGGAUGGGGAGGUGCUUGAGGGGGGGUUGUUGGGGCUGGAUGAUGGUGUGUUAGAGCAAGUUUUGAAGGAGGCGGGCCUUGCGGGAGAUGGGUUUGAUGUCACUGUAGCGGAGGCGAGGGGGUGGGGUGAGGAGUUGAGGAGGCUGUACUAG